UCCGGAAGUAGAAGUCAGCCCCGCGAGUUUCCAUCAAAAGGGAAAAUCCUAAAUACAACACAACAAAUAAAUCAUACAUACAUCAAAAUCAAAAAAAAAGAGAGUUAAUUACAAAUUACAUACAAAUAUUACUUGUAGUGCUAUUACAGGGAUAUAAAAGCAAAGUAAUUUAAAUUCAAUUAAGCGACAAAAGUGUUUAACAAUUAAAAUAAAUCGUGUGUGAGUGCAGUGGUCAUAAAAAUAAUUCGUGCCGCAACAGCAGGCGACAAUUAAUUUUGCGCAACAACAGCCGCGACAACAGCAAUAAAAACCACCACAACAAUAACAAUAACAAUGGCCAAAUGCAAUUCGACGCGUCAAGUGAAUUAAGCGAUUUUUAAAGCUUUACGCUAAAUGAAAUUUGAAUUGCCAAAGUGUUCACUUGUGUGUGCAAAUUAAAUUACGCAAAUCAAAUAAAUGUUUUAACGAAAUAAAAAUAAUACCCCAAGGAAUAAGGAGAAAGAACCAAAUAAAAAUGUUGUUAAAAAAGUACCAACUACUGUGCAAAUAAUUCAACGAGUAUAUUUAGCAACGAGCAUUGAUAAAAUUAAUUAUAGAAAAUAACGCAAAUAAAACAACGAAAUCAAUAAAAUGUUUAUUUUAACGGUAAUAAAAUUGCUGCUGAUAGCGCUGAAUAUAUUUCCCAGUCGCUUCACAAAUCGACGGAUUAUGUUCCUCAUCUACAUGACAAAUCUGGUGACGCACGUCAUGAUGGAUGAGCCACGCUUUGCCCAGCCGAUACCAAACGUCACCGUCGCCGUGGGUCGAGAUGCCAAUCUGCCCUGUGUAGUGGAGCAUUUGGGUGGUUACAAGGUGGCCUGGAUUCACAUCGACAGGCAAAUGAUACUGACCAUCCACCGGCAUGUGAUAUCGAGGAUUCCAAGGUACAGCAUCACCUACACCGACAAUACGUGGCUGCUGCACGUCAAUCAGGCUCAUCAGGACGAUCGCGGCUACUAUAUGUGCCAGGUCAACACGAAUCCGAUGAUUAGCCAAGUCGGCUAUCUACAGGUGGUCGUGCCGCCAAACAUUUUGGACAUUGAGAGCACGCCAUCGUCGGUGGCCGUGCGCGAAAAUCAAAAUAUCAACAUGACAUGUCGGGCCGAUGGCUUCCCGGCCCCAAAAAUCAUUUGGCGGCGUGAGGAUGGCGAGGAAAUUGCCGUCGAAAAGAAGAAAAAAGUUCUCGUGUACGAUGGCGAUGUCCUGCCACUGAGCAAAGUGAGCCGGAAUGAAAUGGGCGCCUAUCUGUGCAUCGCCACCAACGGAGUACCGCCCUCGGUGUCCAAGCGGAUCAUUCUCGAUGUGGAGUUCUCUCCGAUGAUUUGGGUGCCGAAUCAACUUGUUGGCGCUCCAUCCGGCACAGAUGUAACCAUCGAUUGCCACACGGAGGCGCAUCCCAAGGCCAUCAUCUAUUGGGUAUACAAUUCGGUGAUGGUAUUGCCGAGUAAGAAAUAUAAGACCGACUACACGGAGAACUCCUAUCGUGCCCACAUGAAGCUGACGAUAAGGAACCUACAGUAUGGUGACUUUGGCAACUAUCGAUGCAUCUCGAAGAACUCGCUGGGGGAAACGGAAGGCUCCAUACGUGUUUACGAAAUACCUUUGCCAUCCACGCCAUCCAAGCAGGUGACCCACACCACCGUCGAGUCCAGGGAGAACAAUAUCAUACCCCCAUCACGCAACGACACAACGAAGUCCCUGCAAACGGAUGUGGGAUAUGCCAUGAAGAACGAUUUAUAUCCUGGCUCGGCCUCCUCAUCAUCCUCGGGCGGCAGUUCCUCGGCGGCCUCGUCCUCGUCCUCGACCUCGAUGCAGACCUCUGCACUGCCAGGCGGGGUGGCGGGAAAUAGUCUAUCAUCUGUGGGUUCCAAGGGAUCCCUGGCGAUAGGAAAGAGCACGUUCUACACGGAACGACCACCGAAUGAGUAUGCCUCGUCAGUGGCUGGCCUGCUGCUCCAUAGAGCCCUGCUCUUUGGCUCUGGAAUCUAUCUGACCCUGCUUUGAAAUCAAUAAAUCAUUUGAGUUACUCAAUAAGCAUUUCGAAAAUGCAGCCAAAGGGGGUAUAGAAAAACCACGGGGGAUAGUUUAGGUACAUCAACAUAUUUCAUAGCUUAAAGUAUAUUACAAGUCCCAAUAAUAAACAUAAACAAAAAUGCUUCAAACUUGGCUCACUUCAAAGCUAUAGGAAUUUGUAAAGUUAUAAAAAGAAAAGGUAUUUUGCAAAACAAUUAAAUGCUCAAUGUAUGUAUAGUAUAGUUCUUAUUAAAAUGCUAAGCUUAAGAUAAACCAAUGUAUCACUUAUAGGAAGUGGUGUGACAAAUGAAUUGUACAAUAUAUGAAUUAUAUCUUACAUUAAAUGUAGAACAGAUGGAUUUGUUUAAACAGAUGUAUUUCGUUUGCCCAAAGGCACAGCUUUUCUAGAGCAGAAAUGGUUUUAUUACUUAUAAUUUAAAAUAAAAACCUUUACUUUCAACAUAUCUUAAAGAAGGAAGCACUGAAACUUAACUUGCUCAUAUCAUAAACAAAGUGGUAAAGUUUUCUUUUGAAUUCAACAUAUCUGAAAAAUGUUAAACUAUUGUUAACAUCCCGACCUUAAGCAAGCGGCUUUCUUUGUUCGAUUUCGUGACAAACUUUUUAAGCCCUUUUCUGAAAUGCAUUGAAAAAUUCCAAUUAAUUUAAUGAAAGCAAGGUUCGCCCAUCGACGGCUCUGAAUUUUGUUGCCAUGCGGCAUUAAAACGCCUUGAAAGUGUCGUUUACUUCACCAGUUUCCCUGCUGCCAGGUGCUGUGGUAAAAAAUUUGCAAUAAUAAUUUGCCAUACCUUGAUUCCGUUUCCUGGCUCUCGGAAACCGCCUCGUCAUCCUCAUCGUCGCCAUCGCCAUCGUCAUCGGCUUUUGUGCACUUCCAUCACUUUUUAAUAAAUGUGCAUGCUAAUUAUAUUAUUACUCAUACGACCCGUUGCCAUGUCAGUCUGUCUGUUUCGCUGGGGCUGCCUCGCCGUGCGAAAUACUUGCAAUUAAUUUCAGCAUAAAAUUGCGCGGCCUGCGGUCCCCCGACCCCACACAAUGACACACAGUUAACAUGUCCAAUUUAUUGGCCAUAACUCAUGCCCGGCAGCUCGGCCAAGGAGUGAGUGAGAAGGAUCCUGGAUACAGGAUACAGGAGCCAGGAUCCACGAUUCGUGGCCAAUCCAGAGACAGACAACCGAGCGCCAUCGACGAGGCAAAGAAAAAUGACAUUAAGGCCAGAAGAUAUAUGGCCCAUUUGCAUAUAGGUUCAUGUAUAUGUAUAAACACGCUAGGGGGUUGCAGCAGGCUAAAGGCCUGCCAAUUUACUGUAUUUAUGCCCCGGCCUCGUCGUUGCACGAUUUUAAUAAUUCAACUUGCGUUGCAUAAAGUUUGCAUUGACAUAAACAUAAUGAACGAUGGAAAACCGCAUGCGAAAUUGCCUUUCUCCUGUUGCCCUUUUCGUUUAUUAACAUUGUUAAUGCCCAAAAGGAGAAAAGCACAUUCGGCAAGCGUUGAAAAUAUUGAUAAUCAACAUUGUGCCCUGUCCUCGAUGUGUCGACGUUCCGACAAUAACAAAAUUAAUGCAUUUUAUUUAAUUUCCCCCCGCACAGGGGUGUAGGGAAAAAUAAGGUCGCCCGUGCAGUUAACUCGAACAAUGAAGCUAAUUAAGCAUUAUAUAUGCAGCUGAAAAGGCGACAGGCCAAGGAUAUAUCACAAUCUUUAGGGAGUCAUAUAUCUAUCAGUAUUUAUGCAUUUAUUAUUUAUUUAAAUUGCCACGAAUAAUGAACUAAAUUUCCACCCAGUUUGUGCGGGGCCUGCUCGUCAAAUGUUUGCGAAAUUCAACCGCACAUUUAGUUUUUAAUUAGUAAAUUGCGCUAAUUAAAAUUGCAGUUAUGUUUGUAAAUAAUACCUUUUAAUUGAGGUCAUACCAUUUUUGAUGUAACCGAACACAGUUGUAAAUAAAUGUCGGCCCUUUUAGUUGCGUGUAAAUAUGAGAAAUAAUAAUUAAUGCAUCAGAUACUCACUUCAUACAACAACAAUUGAAUCAGCCAGAAAGUAAUUCCAAAUACAUUAGUCAAAAACUCUGGCAAAUUAUUAACUAUACUAAAAACAUAAUUCUGUAAAGUCUAGAAAAUACAUAAUGAAUUCAUACUUGGCAAGAAAUACAAUAAAUAAAUAACAUAUUCAAACUAUAUAGCCUAUACAAAGUAAUUGUACUGUUUGUUGCCUGUAUUUUAAAAUUUAGCUGAACAUCAAAUGAUUAAUAUGUAAAAUGUUUAACGCUUUUUGUGCGAAUAAAGAGAUAAGAUCGGAUGUGUUUUCCUAUAAAGUUGACAUUAUGUAAUAUAAAUAAAAGUAAAUAUUAUAAAAAAUAGAUUCUGUAACUGAACAUGUUCCUUUUUGUUAGUUAUAAUUAUUUGUAAAGUGUUUUUAUUUAAAAGUUUUUAAAAUUUUAUGAAUUAUUUUUUUUAGAAUCCAAAAUUGUUACUUGUUAUUAUUUUGAAAUUAGUUAUUAAUUCCAAAAAUUAAUGUAUAAUAACUUGUUUUUAAAAUUGGCGGACCAGUUCCUUGUUUAAAUUUAAUAUAUAUUUUUUGUACGAAUUGAGCUGAGUUCUCAACGCUUGACUAUUGUAAAAUAAACAAUCUCAAAGGAAAAACAAAAUUAAGCUAAAUUUAACAAAUCUAUGAUUAAGAUUGAUCAAAUUUAAAUGUAAGCAGUUAUAUAAUUAUGCGAUAAUAAUUAAACAAUAAAACUUUAGGUUGAUUAAUACCAAAAAAAUGCGAACCGA